AUGGCCGCUCGAGUCGUGGCCGGGUCUCAGCUAAAAGAGGAAGCUGUUGCAGCAGCGGAAGCCGCAGCGGCUGCUGCUGCGGCGGAAGAGGCGACGGGAUGUCCUGCGGGAGAGAACAAGACGGUAGAGUUGACCGUUGAGCAGAUUGACUCGAUCUGCGAGGAAGCAGCAGCGGCUGUAGCGGCUACAGCUGCCGCAGCAGCCGGCGCGCUGGCGAGUGAGAAGUGGGAGGCAGAAGCCAGCAGCGAGGAGACUAACAAACGGAAAAGAAGACGGAGAGUUCACAAGAAGACAGCGGAGGGAAACUUUCCGUCAGCGUCGAAUCAGCCGGAGGAUGGUGGGAGGUCAGACGGAGGAAGGGAGGAGGGAAGCGAGACGACGGAGAGCGACGGUUCUGAGGAAGAGAGAGGGGGGACGGGAUUGGAUGCGAGAAUCGGAGACGCAGCGGAUGCGGCGGCGGGAAACACGGAAGAGGUGGAGCUAGAUUCGCAGGAGGAGGAUGGCGACGACGCGGGUCUGUCGCUGUUCGACACGGAGAAGAACGACUCUAUGAUGGACAUCAAUGGCGGCUCGGCGGCGGCGGAUGCGGCGAAGAGCACCGGUCGGAAGGGAGACCAGGAAGGGAUGCUGGAAAUAGUCGAGGCAGCUUCCAGGUUGGCGGCUGUGGAUGAGUCGCGGAUUGCCGUUGAGGUUGAUGGGGAUGACGCCGCCAAUCACGGCGGGAAACCCGCGCACUCUCGGCGGCAAGAUGCAGCCGCGGAGGUCGCGCCGGAGGAUGCGGAGAGCAAGCAUGGCGCGAAAGGCCGCGCCGGGAAGUUCGCCGCCGCGCACGGCGGGAAGGUGACGGGGAAGGAAGCGCGAGCGACGGCGGCGCUGUCGCAGGUGCUGGUUCGCACGAGCAUGGAGUCGUGUCGCACGGUGGUUCUGCGAGUCAGGCCGAGCGACACCGUGGACGACGUGCUGUGGCAGAUCCAGCGGAAAACGGGCCUUCCAGCGCACGAGCACCGCCUCAUCUACGCCGGAAAGCAGCUCGACACCUCCGCGCGCCUGCAGGACGUGCCUGUGCCGCACGAUGCCACGCUGCAGCUGAUCGGACGGCUGAGAUCGACGCUCUUCCCCGACGUGUGGCUUCUGGUGGCGGAGAUGGAGGCGGGGCUGGCGCAGCUGCAGCGCCUGGAGGCCGUGGGCGCGGGCGUGGGGGAGCCUCCGCCAGGCGCGGGAAAAGGCGACGGGGGCGGAAGGGGGGGCGUGAAGGAAAAUGGGAGGGAGGGCGGAAGGGCGGACGGGGGAGAAGUCCCCAUGAACGAGCAGCGCGCGGAAGUGGCGGAAGGGGGGAGGGGAGGCGGCAGAGGAGGCGGAGAUGCGUGCAAUUGUGCAGUGGAGAGGGGAGGGAGGGGGAGAGGCGGGGGAAGAGGCCGGGGGAGAGGGAGAGGGAGGGGGAGCGGAGCAGCAGCAGAGGGUGCUAGUGGAGGUGCUGUGGAGGUUCAAGCAGGGGACAGAUACGAUGCCAUGGAGCAAGAACCCACCGAGACGCAGCAGCAGCAGCAACAGCAACAACAACAACCACAGCAGGACCAGCAGCAGCAGCAGCAGCAGGAUGAACAGGAAGCGCCAGGAAGCGAGGGUGGGGGCGGAGGCGCAGUGGUGCAGGAGGCGGGUGGGAAGGGGCGGCGGGAGCGGCUGAGCAAGUACUACGAGGACAAGAUCCACUGCGCCAUGGCGCAGCUCUUCGUGCGCGCUGUCGACACCAUCCGCUCCGGUCACGACGGCUGGACCAUCAAACUCGGCGAAUACAUCGAGGCCUUCAGGCUGGCAGGAGGUGUGCGGGCGGCCGUGCAGCUGCUGCAGCUGAAGGAGCCUCACCACAUGCGCUUUGCUGACCAAACCGUCGCCAGCUUCCUGGACGAGCGAGCCCUGAUCACGUACAUGCACGACUACGCAUGCCCGGGUAAAUUCGCGCGGCCACUGCUGGACUACCUGGGCCCCGUGCUCAUGGAGCUGCACGUGCUUCUCGACUCCUGCCGCCUACGCCCCGCGCUCACCACCAGGUGUUGGGACGCCCUGGUGAAGCUGUUCGGCAAGGUACAGCUGGGUCGCUUCUGCCCGCAGCUCAACCGCUCCCCCGACUGGCUCGUGCGCAACCUAGCUCCCUUCCUCGAAAAGGCAGCCACGGAUCUCUGCAUAAGUCUGCACCAGCUCACCCUGCUCGCAGCAGCCAAGUCCGACAACCUCACUUCCCCCCUCACCUCCUCCGCCUCCUCCGCUUUCAAAACGUUCGCCUCAGCUAUUGUCCUCUCGCUCCCCUUCUGCCGCCCGGCCGUGCGCCAGUCCGCGUUCUGCCGCCCGGGGUGGCUGCUGACUGUGUUUGGCUCGGUGCUGAGACACGUGGACGCGUGCCUGGCUGAGUCAGCGCGGUUUGCCAGGCGGCUGCUGCUGCUGACGGAGGGGCCGGCUGUGCUGGCGAGCACUGCUGCUGCUGCCGCAGCUGCUGUUGCCACUGCCUCCUUCCCGCCUCCAGCCUCCUCUCCCUUCGCCCCGCCCUCCCACCCCGCCUCCCCACUCCCGCCCCUCUCUCCCCCCGACCUAGUCGGCCGAAUGGCCCUCUCUCUCCUCCCAGAACCCCUUCGAGAAUGCAUCCCUGCCGUCCUGCAAGGGCUGUAUCUCCUAGCGGCAGUAGCAGCAGGGGCGGGGAGGGGCGGCAGCGCGGAGCAGCUAGUAGGACUCCUAGUGAGACACAGGGGGUGUGUGAACGCGGUGAUUCAGAACCAGCACUUGGCGCCGGGAGGGGACCUGGCGUGGGUGUGCGAGCACAGGGAGCUGAUCGACAUGGAUGUGAAGAGGCGGUGGAUGGGCGCGCUGCUGCCGGAGCCUGCUGAAGACCAUGCCAACCGAUGCACUGUCAUUGUGCACCGAGGCCCCUCGCUACUACACGAAUCCUUCGACCAGAUCUUCUACGCACCUCCAGAGGCACUCAAGGCCGGCUUACUCGUGCAGUUUGUCGACGAGGACGGCUCGGGCGCGGGAGUCCUGCGCGAGUGGUUCAUGCUCGUGGGCUGCGAGCUCUUCUCAGGCGUCAACGCCCUCUUCUCCGCCUGCCCGGACGACCACCAGCGCUUCUUCCCCUCGCCCUCCUCCGCCAUCAACCCCGGCCACCUCUCCUACUUCCGCUUCUGCGGCCGUGUGGUCGCCCUUGCACUCAUGCACAACAUCCAUCUAGACGUCACCUUCGCGCUCGCCUUUUACAAGCUGCUAGCCGGGCGCGAGGUUACCUGGAGAGACUGCAAGGACAUGGAUCCGGAGUUGUUUGCGAGCUGCCGGGCGAUCAUGGCACUGCCGGCAACGGAUGUGGAUGCGGACGUGCUGGGACUGACGUUUGUGUGCAGCGUGGAGGAGGGCGUGGGCGUGGGGGAGAGUCGCGUGGUGGAGCUUUGCCCUGGCGGGGAGUUCAUCAAGGUCACCAACAGCAACCGCCACGCGUUCAUUGACCUGCUCGUGAAGCGACGCAUUGUGGCGCCUAUGAGGCUGCAGGCCCUGGCCUUUGCCGCGGGAUUUUCGGAGCUCCUGCACUGCCGGGACCUCCCCAUUUCACUCGCCCUCCACACCUCCUCGCUCCAUGCCUCCUCCCUCCACGCCUCCUCUCUGCACGCCUCCUCUCUCCGUCUUCCCCACUCUGUUCCUGCUGGCGUCAGCAUUCCUGCUGGUGCCGUCACUGUGACUCCUGCUGGCGUCACCCUGGCUCCUGCUGGCGUCAGCAUGCCCGCGGCUGGCGUCACCAUGACUCCCACUAACCCCAUCAGCCAUAUGCACAUGGGCGCAGAAGGGAAUGUGGAAGCAGGGGGGCAGCAAUGGGGCCUCCUCACCAGCCAGCAAUCAGUAAUGGUACCCCUGGCGACAACCCCUGUUGCUACAGCUGCACUCACCAGCGUCCUCCCCAUGGCUGCAGCCGUUGCUGCUACAGCCGGUGCAGGUGUGCCACCCAAUCCCGCCUCUGUUCCAUCAGUUGUAGCGCCAAUGACGACUGAGUCCCCGAUGGUGGCGGCUGUAGCGCCAAUGGCAGCUGUGGCGCCGGUGGUGGUGCCGAUGAUGAGUCCGGCUGUAGCGGUGGUGGAGAGCGGGUGGGUGAUGCAGCAGGCGCUGAGGCCGCUGGAUGCGGGGGACUUUGAGGCGCUGCUGUACGGCGAGGAGAGGGACAUUGACGUGGCGGACUGGCGCGCACACACGGACUACCAUGGCUACCGGGCCACCGACCCUGAGAUCGGAUGGUUCUGGGAGGUGGUGGAGGAAAUGACCAAGGACCAGCGCAGGCGUCUCCUCUACUUCACCACGGCCAUCACACGCCUCCCUGCUUCCGGCUUUGCUGGCCUGCAAUCUAGGUUCCACAUUCAUCUUGCAUUGACUGACACCACACAUCUGCCAACCGCGCACACGUGCUUCCAUCAACUCGUGUUGCCGCCGUAUUCGUCCAAGGCGAUGAUGAGGCAAAGACUCCACACCGUCAUCGCUGAUCACCUUGUACAAGGAUUCGGUUUUGCAUAA